GACGACAUCGCACAUAGGAAAACCCCACGACCAGUACAACACAGUGCAUAUAAUUAUAUUAUGCGGCCGAACCCGAGCUCUAGUUGUUUUUCCAGCCGUAGGUACUGUCUUUGAAGGUGCAUCUUCUAUCUCUAUCUUCCGGUCGGAAAUCUUUUGAUUUCUUGAGUUCCAGUUUCUCAGCUGUUAUUGCAUUUAUUCGCUAAGCUUCGCCAGCAGAUUCGUGGCGAAUCAUGAGCCCGUCUACUCUUCUUUUGAUGACCCUCGUUGGAUAUUAUUUUCUAUUUGGGUUUGCCUUCAAAUCGUGUUUCAAAUAUCGUCUUGUUGAAUAAAUGAUUAUUCAUUUGCACUUUUCGCAGUCAAGGUUUGUUUUUUUUUCCUAUUUUUUGUCUAAAUAAUGAGCGUCGGACUCCACUUCUGAUAGUGGGAUAGAGGGGAAAAAUAAGAAUUAGGGAUUGUUCUUUGCGAAGCUUGGUUUUGAUUUUAUUCAAGGUUCUGUAAAAUGCAAGGAGGGUUAGGUCAAAACUCAAAUCUUCCUUCAGGAUCCAUAGAUAAGACAAGGGUUUUAGAUGUUAAACCUCUGCGUACUUUGGACCCUGUGUUUCCAAAUUCAGCUAGGGCUACUACCUUCGACGGCGCCUGUCCCACUGGGUUUUAUUCCUUUUUCCCAUUUGGUGCAUCUCAAGGACCUCAGGCAUCGCCUCCUAAGGUUCCCAUGCCUGCUCCACUGCGGUCUUUUAGAAGCUCUGACACUGGAGAAGCAACACCGGCUGAGUUUCCUGUAGCAUCCAAUGGAGAAAAUACUGAUAGCCACGAUCGCGCGGCACCAAACAAAUCUAGAUCCUCCAAAAAGAAGCCCAAGAUAAGUCAAGAUCUGCAAAUUGAUGUGAGUUCAUUAUUGGGCAUUGGCAAAAAUGAGCGUGAAGAUGGUAAUAGGGAGUUGGUUAAUCUUCUGCUCAUGACAUUUGAUGCUCUUAGGAGAAGGAUCGGCCAGCUUGAAGAUUCCAAAGAAUUGACACUAGGGUUGAGCAAGCGAGCGGAUAUGAGAGCUGGCAACAUUUUGAUGAGUGCAGGCAUUCGAACAAACCUGAGGAAACGAAUAGGAGCUGUGCCUGGGGUUGAGAUUGGGGACAUUUUCUUUUUCCGACUAGAAUUAUGUAUUGUGGGUCUGCAUAGUCAGUCUAUGGGUGGGAUCGACUAUACAAAUAUGGGUGGUAAGAAUGAGUCUGAUCCUCUGGCUUUAGCUAUUGUUUCAUCCGGAAAAUAUAAUGACAAUGCAGAGGAUAGUGAUAUUUUGAUUUAUAGUGGUCAGGGUGGUGAUAAGGGGGAUGAUCAGAAGCUAGAAAGGGGUAAUCUUGCUUUGGAUAGAAGCUUGCGACAGAAGACUGAUGUCAGAGUAAUACGGGGCAUGAAAGAUCAAAUGAAUUCAACUUCAAAGGUCUAUAUCUAUGAUGGGCUGUAUAAAAUCCAGGAUUCAUGGGUAGAAAAAGGGAAAUCUGGUGGUGGUGUAUUCAAGUACAAGUUGGUGAGAGUUCCGGGGCAGCCCAGAGCCUUUGCUGCUUGGAAAUCUAUUGAAAAGUGGAAAGGUGGCAUCGCUUCUAGGACUGGGCUUAUUCUUGCAGACCUCUCCUCAGGAGCUGAGAAAAUUCCUGUGUCGCUUGUUAAUGAUUUUGAUGAUGAGAAAGCACCUGGCUAUUUCACUUAUCUCCAUUCUCUUAGAUAUUCAAAAUCCUUCAUUGUUUCACAUCCUUAUGAUUUCUGCAACUGUCAAAAAGAUUGCAUUCCUGGCGAUUUGAACUGCUCUUGCAUUCGGAGAAAUGAAGGUGAUUUUCCAUAUACUGGGAACGGCAUUUUAGUGAGUCGGAAGAAAUUGGUUUAUGAAUGUGGCCUUUCAUGUCAAUGUUCUCCUAACUGCAAAAAUCGUGUAUCCCAAACUGGUUUGAAGUACCGUAUGGAGGUUUUCAAAACAAAGGAUAGAGGAUGGGGCCUUCGAUCAUUGGAUCCUAUCCGUGCAGGUACCUUUAUUUGUGAGUAUGCUGGAGAAGUUAUUGACAGAGCCAGGGUAAGAUGGAAUGGCAAUAAUGAUGAGUAUGUUUUUGACACGACUCGAAUAUAUCAACCAUUCAAGUGGAACUAUGAACCUAAGUUACUUGAAGAAGCUAGUUCAAAUGAUUCUAGCGAGGAUUAUGAUAUUCCAUCUCCUGUAAUUAUUAGUGCCAAGAAUGUUGGAAAUGUGGCGAGAUUCAUGAAUCAUAGUUGCUCCCCAAAUGUCUUUUGGCAGCCAGUUUUAUAUGAAGAAAACAAUCAACCUGUUGUCCAUAUUUCCUUUUUUGCCCUUAGACACAUUCCUCCACUGACAGAAUUGACAUAUGAUUAUGGGGCUGCCCGAUCUGAUUCUACUGUGGGUCACAUUGCACCCAGAUGGAAAAAGAAAUGCUUAUGUGCAUCAUCAAAAUGCCGGGGUUCUUUUGGCUGAUAGAUUUUGUUUGAGAUGAUCAAAGGAAGGCACAGGGCUGCUCAAUGUGUUCAUGACUGACAAGAUCAAGGACGGAAGCUUCAUUUAGCAGAUACAUGCUUGGAUACGUGUCGCAAGAAAUAGAAGCAUUCUAAGCAUGGAAUUUUUCCCCAUACCAAGUCUAUGACAAAUUGAAAAGUUGUACAAUAAUUCUGUUCUUGGUCAAAUUAAAGUUAGUUGUGUUGCAUGAUAUAAGGGAAAGCGCAUCUGUUGUGAUAUUCAGGGCAUCCAAACAGGUAUAUCUUAACUUGUAUUUUGUUGUACUGUAAUUGAUGUGUUCUUGAAUUGAAUGGCCUUAUCGCAUUCAAAUUUUGUUAGAAGCGUCAAUGCCAAUGGAAAUAAAAUUCCAACACUAGUA